AUGACCUUCCGUGGCUUUCUCGGCGAAGUAGCAUCCCACGGCGCACUCGCCAUCGCGACCGGGCCUGCUUACGUUGACCCCGAAACCUACGUGGCACCUCCAAGUGACCCAUCAGUCGGUGCAUCCGGUCAGAACCCUGCGGCUCUUACCGCAGCCAUCGACUGGGUUCACGCCAACGCUGGAAAAGACGGCUGGAAACACAUCGAUGCGUCCCGCAUUGGUGUCUGGGGCCAGAGUUGCGGAGGCCUCGAGUCUUACACCGCCGGCUUCAACGAUACUCGCGUGAGCCACAUUGGCAUUUUCAACAGCGGUCAGCUGACCGAGACGGCGAGUAAGGAAGUUGCGGGCAAUCUCACGAAGCCCGUGUUUUACACCUUAGGAGGACCUACUGAUGUUGCUUACCCAAACGGCGAGCGGGACUACUCAGUCCUUCCCAACGCCACUUCAGCCUGGAAGGGCAACCAUGAGCUAGGCCACAGCGCCGCUUUUGAUGCUCUGAAUGGCGGGAUUCCAGCGAUCGUGGGAAGUAAGAUUCUCCAGUGGGUUCUCCGUGGAGACGAGUCUGCCAAGGCGUGGUUUACUGGUGACGGGCCUAGCUCUAUUGGCAUCGAAGAUGUUGUGUACAAGAACUUGGAUUCGAUUAAGGUUACCCCUAUCUAA